AUGACAGCCUUUACGCGUGACAAUGCAUUAUGCAAUGCCCUUGACACCGAAGAUUUGUAUACGUUGUCCUUACCAGUUAUACCAGGAAGCGAUUCUUGCAAUAAAGCAUUGCUCUGUAUAGAUUAUAUAAAGGAUAUUAUAAUUAGUUCCGUUGUUGGCGGUGGUAUUUGCGGCUCUGCAUAUUAUAACGGACCAACUGAACAAAACGACAACAAAAGGACUGACAUAACAUAUUAUCCCCAAGAUAAAACCAAGAAUCUUGCGUCUGUCAUAGUAGAGAUUCAGAAGAAGGUGACACAUGAGUUUAUUGUACGAUUAAUGCAAUAUUCGUUGAAUGUAUUUGGUCAAACAAAGAUUCUCCCAAUUGUUAUAGUCAUCAAUAUUGAUGGGUUCUCAAGCAACCAUUUUCGCGAGGAAAACUUUACCAAACGCGAUAAUGAGCCGUACUAUAUACUUUCCAGUUUGCUUUGGGCAAAACAAGUUCAUAUUUACAAUGCUGAUUCGAUCGCAUCGCUAAUACAAGUACCAAUGCCAAAAAUGAUUGCGUUAAUUCACUUUCUAACACAGCAAGAAAAACAUAUUGUUGCCCUGGAUGAAUACAUAGAUUUAACGCUUCAAAAAAUUUACAGAAUAGCUUUUCAAAUCUUUACCUGUGAAUCAAACAGCAAAGUAAUUCGGGAUAUUGAGAUUGAAUCCUUUUGUGAUGCUGUUGCAUCUCAAUUUAAAAAAGUUAUUCAUAAUAACACUUUGAACGAUGAAAUCUCACGGAAACGUAUUGAAAAAUACGCAGAGGAUGGUGUCAGCUUUGCGGAAAACUUUAAACGACGUUAUAUAGGGGAAGGAGAGACCGUCUGUAUAACACCUAUUCAAACCACUGAAUCUAAGGACCUUAUAUUUGUAAAGGAGUUCAUGAAACAAAACCAAGGCAAAAUGAAAUGGUCACCUUGUUAUGACAAGGGAACCGAGAAAGGUUUGUUUGGUAGAUUUGCAUCCUAUUCGACACUAAAAAUGGCCUUUCAUCGCCACACGCUUUGA